AUUCUGUUAUUGCAUUACUUUAUUAUCACACUGUCUGCCGCGUGGCCUUCUCUCGCUCCUCGAAAAUUUUCAGCCAUUUGCAUUUACACACCACUGCAAAUCAUCUUCUUCAGUCUUGGAUCGAAUUCUGUCUCUCAGUAACUCGCCGAUUCGAAUCAACGAUUCCAGGAAGGUAUGUCGUCUUCUGAUCAGCCGGAGAAGGUUGAUAGAGGGAACAAGGAGGAGAAAGAUGACAAGGAAGAAGGUGGUGGAUUCUUGGGCAAGGUGAAGGGUUUCAUACAGGAUAUCGGGGAGAAGAUCGACGAUGCAAUUGGGUUUGGGAAGCCAACUGCUGAUGUGACUGAGAUUCACUUCCCCUGCUUCAACCUCGACAAGGCGGAUAUAGUCGUCGAUGUGCUUAUCAAGAACCCUAACCCUGUCCCGAUCCCGCUGAUCGAUAUCAACUACUUGAUUGAGAGCGAUGGGAGGAAGUUGUUAUCUGGGUUGAUCCCCGAUGCUGGUACCAUUCCUGCUCAUGGCGAGGAGACUGUAAAAAUACCGCUCACUUUGAUCUAUGAUGACAUCAAGAGCACGUAUAGUGAUAUCGAGCCUGGAAGCAUUAUCCCGUACAGAAUCAAGGCUGACCUGAUUGUCGAUGUGCCUGUGUUGGGCAGGCUGACUCUGCCACUGGAGAAAACGGGAGAGAUCCCAGUGCCAUACAAGCCUGAUGUCGAUUUGGAUAGGAUAAAAUUCGAGAGCUUUUCGUUUGAGGAGACUGUUGCUUUGCUCCAUGUGAAGAUAGAGAACUUGAAUGACUUUGACUUGGGUCUGAAUUCGCUGGACUGCGAGAUUUGGUUGUGCGAUGUCAGCAUUGGAUGCGCUGAGCUGGGAAAGUCAGCUACCAUUGCUAAGAAGGGAAUCAGUUAUGUCGAUAUUCCUAUCACCUUCAGGCCCAAGGACUUUGGAUCUGCGCUGUGGGACAUGAUCCGGGGGAAAGGUACUGGAUAUACGUUGAAAGGGAAUGUCCAUGUGGACACUCCUUUUGGGGCAAUGAAGCUGCCAAUAAGUAAAGAAGGAGGCACGACUAAGCUGAAGAAGAAGAAAGAAGAUGGCGGUGAUGAUGAUGAUGAAGACGACGAGGAGUAAGGAACGGCGCUGCUUGCUACUGUGCCCGGGUGGGGAGUUGCUGUGUGGGAUUAGGGUCUGAAACAUAAUAAUAUAUGCAUAGUGAAUGCCAUGUUUGCAAUGAGAGGGAUGAACCAUGAGUUGAGUGGGAUGGUAAUAUUAUCGAAGAGGGAUGUGUAUUUGUAUUGCUAGUGACAUUACCACUCUUACUACCUGUAUUAUUGUUUGAACCUUUGUAUUACUGGCAAGUAGCUAUGUCAUUGUAAAACUUGGCGUAAAAAAUUUCGUAUCUUUUGCACCAUUUCGAUUUUGUGGUGGUUCCUUUCCCGGGGAUCACUUGUUGGGCACAUUUCAGAGCAUUAAGCACGAGACGAAGAUUCUCUGCUUCUUUUUCUGGCUCCCUGGUGUAAACACAAUUUCCUCUCUCUAACUGUUGCUAUUUUUCCUAUCUUUCUAAACAGGU